AUGGCGAAUGUGAAGGCCUUCUUCAAAGAACUGUCACGUACGGUGGCCUUUGUGGAGCGUGGGGGCGAUCCAAGGGUCCUGCAAACAAGCCUCAACCUGCGCCUGACUGGGAACCCUGGGACAGGCAAAACCACUGUGGCACGGCUCAUUGGGCGCUACCUUUAUGCUCAUGGUGUUUUGCCCCGUGACACCUUCGUGGAGCGCAAUGCCUUGGCACUGAAAGGCCAGUUUGUGGGCCAAACGGCGCCGACUGUUGCAGAGGCAGUCCGCGAUGCAAUGGGUGGCUGUCUUUUCAUCGAUGAGGCCUAUGCCUUGGCCGACCGUGGGGGUGACAAGUUCAGCGGAGAGGUGAUCCGCACGCUGCUCACGGAGGUGGUCUUGGCUGGCUAUGCAGACAAGAUGGAUGUGCUGAUGGAUGCAGACCCGGGACUCCGGCGUCGCUUCUCCCUGGUGCUGCAGCUGGAGGAUUACAGUCCUGAGGAGUUGGCGGAAAUUUGUGAGCACGCGGCGCAAGACCGCUUCAACUUGACCUUUGCACCAGGCUUAACUGAGGCCCUGGCCCAGCAUAUCUCUAUGCAGCAUGGCCAAGAGAUUGCGCAGCACAAUGGAGGCCUGGCAGUGACACUGGCUGAGCGUGCCUUCCGGCGCUUGGCCACACGACUGGGCGACCCACAGAGCCAGCAAGCGGUGAGUGGUCUUCAAUGCAGACAAUUGAUUGCUGAAGACUUUCUGAUUGGUCUUCCCCCUGAGGGCGUGCGGAAUAGCAAGCCUGAACCUAGCUCUCCAGGUGCCAAGGAGACAGGCCGUGCGCGGCCACCGAAGCGGACCCGCCCACCGUGGCAAGAGGCAGUUGGAUCGUUGGCACGGGAGAUGGCUCAGGAGCUGCUCAGAGGUAUGGAGGGAGCUAUGGAUGAUCCCCUAGAUGAAGACAUGCCUGGCGACUCAGCUCCCUCAAGAGAUGACCACGUGAAGGCGGUCGCGAAAGCCUUGGCCAAGGGCAAGAACCGAGAAAGACCCAAAGAGGAAGUGAAGGAGGAAGAGAAAUUGCCACAGCAAGAGGGCGAAAAGGUGGUCGAAGAGAUGUCGACCUUGGAUGCUUUGGACUGCUUGGGUUUGUGCCCCGCGAACUUUGAAUGGUUCGAGCUCAAUGUUGCGAACCCACCAGAUGAGAACUGCGGCAUUUGCCACUACAAACUGGCCGAUGGCUACCGCUGUGGCGGGGGUACGCACUAUGUGUGCAUGGGCUGCAUCGAUGCCUACAAGACAAGCUACACCAGAUGA